ACCGCGAAGAUUUUUCACGAUUAAACCCCGAAAAGAGACGCUUUAUCCGGCCAAACCCACACCGAGACCCGCACCGACACCCGCACCGACACCCGCAGCCUGCCCCGGGGCUCACACGCUCGUCUCCCGGACUUUAGAGCAGGUUUUUCGGCCGCAGCGUUCAGUGUGGAACAUGCACCAGAGCCAGGAGCCCCACCGAGACUCUCCCUCUCCCCAGACGCCUCCCCCUGCUCAACACACACACCCGGGACCGGACCAGGACCAGGACCAGGACCAGGGACCGGGCCAGGACCAGGGAGAUCCAGACAUCCUCAAGUCCCCCAACGACCCAAAGACAUACAGAUACUUGGAGCUGUCGAACGGUCUCAGAGUUUUACUGAUCUCUGACUGUAACUUGAGCUCGUCUGGACCCGGGGGGAGACCGGAGGAAGCGUCUGGGGAGUGGGAGGAAGCGUCUGGGGAGAGGGAGGGCGAGGAGGAUGGACAGCCACAGAAGAACUUGGACAGACAGGCGGCUGCGGGCCUGUGUGUGGCCGUGGGGAGCUUCAGUGACCCUGAUGACCUCCCAGGAUUGGCCCACUUCCUGGAGCACAUGGUGUUCAUGGGCAGUGAACGUUUCCCGGAGGAAAACAGUUUCGAUUGUUUCCUGAAGGAACACGGAGGAGAUUCCAACGCCUUCACCGACUGUGAACGCACCGUCUUCCACUUCCACAUCCACAGGGACGUCUUCAGGGACACUCUGGACCGAUGGGCUCAGUUCUUCGUGUGUCCUCUGAUGGUGGAGGAGGUGAUGGAGCGAGAGGUGGAGGUCGUGGACAGUGAGUUCCAGGUGUCGCGGCCGUCGGACGCCGAGCGCAGAGACGCUCUGAUCGGAACCAUCGCCAGAACCGGACACCCCAUGGGCAAGUUCCUCUGGGGAAACGCUCAGACUCUGAAGCAGGAGCCCAGAGAAAAAGGCAUCAACACUCAUGAGCGCCUCCGACAGUUCUGGAGACGCUACUACACUGCACAGUACAUGACCCUCACCGUCCAGUCCACAGAGUCCCUGGACACUCUGGAGCAGUGGAUCAGGGAGAUUUUCAUUCACAUCCCGAACAAUGGUGAAGCGCCCGUGGAUUUCUCUCACCUCCAGGAGCCGUUCAACACUCCACACUUCAACAAACUCUACAGAGUGGUUCCAGUGAAGAAGGUUCAUGCUCUGACCAUCAACUGGGCCCUGCCUCCACAGCAGCAGCACUACAGGGUGAAGCCGUUGUUCUUCCUCUCGUGGUUGAUCGAGCACGAAGGAACCGGCAGCAUCCUCAGUCUGCUGAGAAAGAAGUGUUGGGCGUUGACUCUUUUCGCGGGAAACGAUGGAUCUGGUUUUCAGCAGAACUCAACCUUCUCCAUCUUCUCUGUGUCCAUCACCCUGACGGAGCAAGGCCACGCCCACUUCUACCAGGUGGCACAUGUGGUGUUCCAGUACCUGAAGAUGCUGCAGACUCUGGGCCCACAGCAGAGGAUUUAUGAAGAGAUCCAGAAGAUCCAGGAGAGUGAGUUCCAGUAUCAGGAGCAGGAGGACCCUGUGGACCUGGUGGCCUCCGUCUGUCAGAACAUGCAGCUGUUUCCUAAACAACACUUCCUGACCGGAGACGCCCUGCUGCUCCACUACAACCCCGAGGUGAUAGGUGCGGCCCUGUCGCUCCUGUCUCCUCUCGGGGCAAACUUCAUGCUCCUGUCCCCAGAACAUCAGGCCCAGUGUGAACUCACAGAGGACAGGUUUGGAACCAGCUACACAGUACAAGAUGUUCCUCAGGAGUGGAGAGAUCUUUGGAGCACUGACUUUGAGCUGAACCCGGAUCUGCACCUGCCCCCACCAAACGACUACAUCACCUCUGAUUUCAGCCUGAGUUGUGCAGACUGUCCUGGGUCUCUGUUCCCUGUGUGUGUGGAGAGGAGCCAGAGGGGGGCACUGUGGUACAAGAGAGACACCACCUACAACCUGCCCAAAGGUCACAUACACACACACAGACCCUGUCACACACACAGACCCUGUCACACUAACACCACCUACAACCUGCCCAAAGAAACACAUGCACUAAAUGAGGUGAUACAGGUCACUCAUAAAAUCAGAAAAUAG